GUCUCUCUCUGAAAAUUCCUGAAACUCAUAAACCCUAGCAAUGCCCGGGAAAUUCUUCUUCGAUGCGGCUAGCGACGACGAGCUCGAAUUGCUAGACCAUGAAGAAGACAGUGGUGAUGAAUAUGUAGAGGAGGAAGAUGCAGAAGAGAGUGAAGGUCAAGCGGAAGCUGAAGAAGACGAAGAUGGAGAAGAGGAGGAUGAUGUUGAUGAUGAUGAAGAAGAAGAAGAAGAUGAGAAGCCUACAGGGAAACGAGGUGCUGAUGCCCAAUCUCCUUGGGAUUUCGCAUCGUAUUCAAGCUCCGUCGGUGAAGAACACGCCCGCCGACACACAACGUCUGUCGACGAGAAGAUCUCCAAAGCUAAGGAGCAUCUUCCACUUCCCAUCUCUGUAGAGGAGGAAGAAGAAGAAGAGGAUGAAAAUGCCUCUGAUGCUGAACCCGACAAACAAGACGAAUACCUUUCGGAAGACGACGAUGGAGCUGAGCUAAAAGCAGAAGAUGUUGCUGCCAAGCCGUUUUUCUCUACGGUGGAUGGAGUUUCGUUUAAUGCCAAUUCUUUCAUGGAGCUCAAUCUCUCUCGUCCUUUGCUUCGAGCUUGCGAAACUCUUGGAUACAAGAAACCUACCCCGAUUCAGGCAGCAUGUAUACCUUUAGCACUUACAGGGCGUGAUCUUUGCGCCAGUGCCAUCACUGGAUCAGGGAAGACUGCUGCGUUCGCUUUACCUACUCUUGAGAGGUUGCUCUUCCGUCCCAAGCGGGUAUUUGCUACUAGAGUUCUUAUUCUCACACCAACAAGGGAGUUGGCGGUCCAGAUUCACAGUAUGAUUCAGAAGCUUGCACAGUUUACUGAUAUCAAAUGUGGAUUGAUUGUAGGAGGGCUUUCUGUAAGGGAGCAAGAGGUGGUUCUGAGGUCUAUGCCAGAUAUUGUUGUGGCUACUCCUGGACGUAUGAUAGAUCAUUUGCGUAAUUCUAUGUCCGUCGAUUUAGAUGAUCUAGCGGUUUUAAUUCUCGAUGAGGCAGAUCGCCUUCUACAGACUGGGUUUGCCACUGAAAUAACAGAGCUGGUUCGCUUGUGUCCCAAGAGAAGGCAAACACUGCUCUUCUCAGCCACAAUGACUGAAGAAGUUAAAGAGCUUGUCAAACUCUCGUUGGAAAAACCGUUGCGUCUCUCAGCUGAUCCGUCAGCUAGAAGGCCACCAGGCUUGACUGAGGAGGUGGUAAGAAUUCGCAGGACUCGAGAGGCACAUCAGGAAGCUGUUCUUCUUUCAUUGUGCACAAGAACUUUUAAAUCGAAAGUCAUCAUCUUUAGUGGAACAAAACAAGCUGCACAUAGACUGAAAAUUUUAUUUGGACUCGCUGGCCUCAAAGCAGCUGAGCUUCAUGGAAACCUAACUCAAGCACAACGUCUUGAUUCUCUGGAACUUUUCAGAAAGCAGGAGGUUGAUUUUCUCAUUGCUACCGAUGUUGCCGCUCGAGGGCUUGACAUCAUUGGUGUUCAUAUCAAUUAUGCAUGUCCUCGGGAAAUAGACAGUUAUGUUCACAGAGUUGGUAGAACAGCUCGGGCUGGAAGGGAAGGUUACGCUGUAACGUUUGUGACUGACAAUGACCGAUCCCUUUUGAAAGUCAUUGCAAAGAAGGUGGGUUCAAAGUUGAAGAGCCGAAUCAUUCCAGAGCAGUCAAUCGUCAAGUGGUCUCAGAUUAUCGAUGAAAUGGAAGAUCAAUACUCUGCUGUUAUUGGAGCAGAGAGGGAAGAGCGAGCUCUAAGGAAAGCUGAGAUGGAAUUUGCAAAGGCGGAGAACAUGAUUGAGCACAGAGAUGAAAUAUAUGCACGCCCAAAAAGAACUUGGUUCAUGACAGAGAAGGAGAAGAAGCUCGUGGCCAAAGCUGAAAAGGAUUCUGCAGGGAACCCUUCUGGGAACGAACUAAUUAGUGCUGAUAAAGCAGAGGACCUCAAGAUGAAGGAGAAGAGAAAACGCGAACGCGAGAAGAAUCUUCCGAGGAAAAAACGUAGAAAGCUAGAAGCUGCCAGAGAGAUGCUAGAGGAUAACGAAGGAGAAGAUGAAGAAGAAGAGGAAGGAGAAGAAGAAGAAAGACGAGGAAGAUCAAGAGGGAAAGACAAAAAGAAGAAAGAACCAGAGAAGAAAGGACUGACACUAGUGGAUCUUGGUUACCGGCGAGCAAAGGCCGUGAAAGCAAAACAGAGAGCAAUUGAUUCUGGUAAGAUGGAAAGACCAACACCGAACAAGAAACAAAACCUAAACCGGAGUAAACCAAGAAACCAGCCUCGGGGUGAAGAGAUGAAAGAUCUGUUCAAGAGCGAUAUGAGCGAGAAGAAACAGGGCAGAGGCGGUGGCGGGGCUUCAGCAAAACCUCGCACGAAGUCGAAGAACUCGUUCAAGAGCAAAGGCCGAUAUAAACGUAGGUGAAAAGAAAAGCUUAAUUGAGAAGUUAUCGAAGGACAACCCACGAGGAAAAAGACAAUUCUCGGCGAAGGGUUUAAACAAUUUUCAUUAUUGUUGUAAUACGAGAUAGAACGAGACUGAAAAGAUUUUCGAAAAUUUUGUUUCUUCCAAUGGUUUUAUAAUAUUUCAUGAAU